CCAACAGCUACCUAUUCUUCAGGGUUCUACAUCUCACUGUCUCCAUUGCAAUCUUUGCAGCAUUCGUUUCUUAUUUUGGCACACAUAUUUGAAGCUUUCCAUUGUCAGCUGAGCGCAGUACUGUCCUUUGCAACUUUCAAACGACUGGUGUCUUGUCGUUGGAAAUCAGUCGCGUACCUUCCGUUGACUGCAGUUUUGCCACUAUUAAGGGACUAAGAAAAGUCAAGCACAUCAACGCUACAAUCCAUUUCCUUGGACGCAGAAUACGCAUGAGCGGCGGAAAUGGCACCAACAGCUGAGGAUAUACUAUGUGAAGACAUGGAGGGCUUGAGAGUUACAAAAGGUGGAAGCGCUAUGGGACAUGCCCAACAACCCACUGCUUUGAGAUCACUCAAAACAUCCCCCGAGAGGCGCGUCAUGAAACCCAUGUCCCACGGUAAUGACUCUGCAUCUUCUAACUCAUUCACGUCUGACUCAGAUGACGAUUCCUACUCCGAGGAUGAGGAUGAGGAUGAGUCGAGUGAUGGGAACUCUGUACAACAGACAACCGGCACUACGGCUAGAAGAUUAAUGUACUUGCCUGACCUCUUGCACCGUCUACCCAGCCAAGAUGAUUUCAACGAGAUCAUGUCUUCGCCGCUCUUCACAAAGCCCGUUUGGGAUUACGUUCACUCACUUCCGGCGAGCACCAGAAUCCCUGCUUUCUCGCAAUACGCCCUCCUCGGAGCUAGUUCAGACGACUUUCAAGGAUCAUCAGAUGGUGGCCUGUUUUACAACAUCACUGCCCCCUCCAGCGUGUUCAUCUGCGGUAAUCAGGGCUCAGGCAAGAGUCACACUCUGUCCUGCUUUCUAGAAAACUGUCUUGUCCCUUCAGGAAAGCUUGGCUCGCUUCCCCGCCCAUUGACGGGCAUCGUAUUUCAUUACGAUACCUUUGUCUCCGACCUAGAUGGCACACCUUGUGAAGCCGCAUACUUGGCUUCGCACCCAAACGUCAACGUUCGAGUUCUCUGUCCGCCGACAAAUGUUCGAACCAUCAAGCAUAUCUACAGUCGAUUACCCGGCGUAAUUGUGGAAGAGCUCAGGCUUCGUGAUUCGGACUUGAACACAAAGAGAAUGCUAGACCUGAUGGCCGUCGGAUCCGGAUCGAUGCCUCUCUACAUGCACGUCGUUCAGAGAGUGCUUAGAGAUAUGCGUAUCGAGCAGCAGACCACUGGGCACACGUUCAACUACAGACAGUUCAAGCGCUUAUUAGAUGCAGAGAAUUUGACUCCCAUUCAAACAGUUCCAUUACAACAACGUCUUGAGACAUUAGAGAGUUUCAUGGUGAAGCAGCAGGAUCCGAUACAGUCAAAAAGUUCGAAACGUACCAAGAAGGCCUCCUCUGGUACUGAUUGGACGCCCAAGGCUGGCCAACUGACCAUUGUGGAUCUUUCCUGUCCAUGUGUGACAUCUGAGAUGGCGUGCUCGUUGUUCAACAUCUGCCUAUCUCUCUUUUUAGAACACAAUGAUCCGUCCAUUGGUCGCGUUGCGGCUCUGGAUGAAGCUCACAAAUACAUGGGGGAUUCAGCUGACGCUCAGACUCUGACUAAUACGCUACUUUCUACGAUCCGACUUCAGCGACAUCUAGCCCUUCGAGUCAUCAUAUCCACCCAAGAACCAACAAUCUCGCCAAAACUCCUCGAUCUUUGCAACAUCACUAUCGUACAUCGUUUCCAGUCGCCAGACUGGCUUCAGGUCUUAAAGAGUCAUCUUGCUGGUCUCUCAACUGCGUCUAAAAUCCAGCUAGUCGACGACCAGGAAAGACGCAAAAGUAAUGACGCUAUUUUUCGAAGUGCAACGACCUUUGACGGAAUCAGGGGCGUUGAUAUCAACUCCAACAAUCCCACCUUAGAGAUGAUGUCGCAUAUUGUCAAGCUCAGAACAGGAGAGGCUCUGAUAUUCGCGCCCAGUGCUUUUGUUGGCUUGGAGAGAAAGUCCAGGGGCAAGAACCCGCAAGCUGUCGUGACGCCAAAGCGACUGGAUCACGAUGUUAUGCGAGUACGAAUUCGAGCACGAGUUACAGCCGAUGGCGGAAGAAGCAUGAUGGCAAUAUAGGCACCUGUUGGAUGACGCAGCAUGUUGCUAACGUGUGCUUGCCAGCAUAUUCCUCAACAGGAAUAGAAUUGUUAUACACAUUGUGGAGUAUGACUUAUUAUGUAUUAUUAAAUAAUGGAGAAACUAGUGGUUCUAAUCAAGCGUAUGCUUGAUGGUUUGUACUAGCUAGUCAUAUUUGGGGCGAUUAGAGUACGUCUCGGUGUUCUGGAGUAUAGAAAGUAUAUAGAUAUUUGUUGCCCAACCAAGAGGAUGAUUUCGUCAAGG